AUGCAUCCCAGUGCGCUGGUCGGUCUGCUGGCCUUUGCUGCCGCUGCCUCGGCCAUCCCCGCCAACCCCAGCCAUAAGGCUCACUCCGACUCGGCCAUCCAGAAUCUCAAGUCUAAGAUCAAGAAUGUCGUCGUCCUGGUCAUGGAGAACCGUUCCUUGGACAACCUGUUGGGAGGUCAGACGAUCAAGGGCUUGGAGAACCCCAUCAACAACGGCCCCUACUGCAACCCCUACAACAUCACCGACCUCUCCCAGGGCACCGUCUGCAGUGCGGCCAGAGACUACGACUCAGUCACCGAUGAUCCCGAUCACGCCGUCUAUGGCAAUAACAUCGAGUUCUACGGCACCUUCACCCCCGACAAUGCGGCCAUCGCCCAGGGCAAGCUGACCCCCUCCCAGCAGGGGUUCGUCACGGAACAGCUGCGCCUGUACAGCGCCGAUGCCAACCGCACCGAGCUGUCCGUGCAGGUCAUGAACUACUACACCGAGCAGCAGGUGCCCGUGCUCACCUCGCUCGUCCAAAACUAUGUCGUUUUCAACCAUUGGCACUCGGAUGUGCCUGGUCCCACCAACCCCAACCGGGCUGCCCUCACCUCUGGCACUUCCUAUGGCCACGGAACCAACGAUGAGGCCUUUGACAACCAUGCCUUCCCCCAGCGCUCCAUCUUCCAGCAGCUGACCGAGACCGGCCACUCCUGGAUCAAUUACUGGGACACGGCUGGUGGCACUGGUCCUGAUGCCGAGUUCUACAACUGGACUUACACCUCCAACAACACCGACAAGGUCAAGGCCCUGGAACAGUUCUACACGGAUGCCGCAGCCGGUGCCCUGCCUGAAUUCAGCUACGUCAACCCCUCGUGCUGCGGUGUCGGCACCAACUCGAUGCACCCCAGUGGCCUGAUCUCUGACGGCGAGAAGCUGAUCAAGAACGUCUACGACGCUCUGCGCGCCGGGCCCCAGUGGAACGAGACCCUCUUCAUCCUGAGCUUCGACGAGACCGGUGGCUUCCACGACCAUGUGCCCCCGCCCCUUGCUCCCCGGCCGGAUAACCUCACCUACACGGCCACCACCCCAAGCGGCGAGGACUACACCUUCAACUUUAACCGUCUGGGUGGUCGUAUCCCCACUCUGCUGAUCUCCCCCUGGGUCGGCAAGGGAUAUGUCGAGCAAAAGGGCACCAGCGUCACCGGCGAAACCGUGUCUUACUCCGCCUCCUCGAUCCUGCGCACCCUGGGCUACCUCUGGGACUUUGACCCCUUCACCCCGCGGGUCGAGUAUGCGCCGUCCUUUGAGCAUCUGGUGCAGACGCGGGCCCGCGAUAACACCCCGACUGCCCUGCCGAGUCCGGUGCCUUUUCGGAAGUAAAUGGCAGACUGAGUGCAGUCGUGGAAACGUCUAAUGCAUAAUGAACGGAGGGCAAGUUAGAUCUGAAAAGCUGAGCCGCGUCCGAGAUAUACACGUUUGGUCGGAUAUUUCCUGGGCUUAGCACGGUACAGAGGAUGAUAGGUCCUGUAUCAUUAAUGAUAAAGCCAAAAUAAAUAUUUGUAAUACA